GUAUAAAAUUAAUUAAUUGCGCAUUUUUUAUUUUCUGCAGCAAACAGGUAACAUGGGCAUGGAAUUAUCCUUUUGUAGGGAGACUUAUUAAAAUAUUUCAAUAAAAAGCUUUGAGAUCUACGCUUAAAAGAUACAAUACUAUUAUAUACUUUCAAUGGAUUUGUGUCUGCAGAGAUCAUCUCUAUGACCGUUUUUCUUUGUCUUCUAACUCUUCAUCGCCUCAUCAAUUCCUUCCAUGGACUUCCCCUCUUCAACAUCCAAACUGCCACGGAAGUACGAUGUGCUCAUCAACUUUACUGGAGAAGACAUUCACAGAAAAUUUGUUUCUCAUCUUCAUUAUGCCCUCUCUGCUGUUGGACUCACCACUUUCCUUCACCAUCAAGAUGCAGUGCAACCAAUGAACAUCCAACAACCUAUUCUCAACCUCUGUCGGAUAGCAAUUGUUGUUUUCACCAAAACAUAUUCUGAGUCUGCUUGGUGUCUUCAUCAACUUCAACAAAUCAUCAAAUGUCACGAAACUUAUUGUCAACAUGUUCUGCCCGUAUAUUACGAAAUUCAGCCAUCUGAUGUACGUCUUCAGCAGGGUCGUUUUGGAAAAGCCUUUAAAGAAACUGCACACCAAACAUUCUCAGAACAAGAACUGGAGCAUGGCAUGUCCAGGUGGAGCCACGCACUCACCAAAGCUGCAAAUUGCUUUGGAUAUGAUGAGCGCAAUUACAGGAGUGAUGCUGAACUAGUGGAAAAAAUUGCUAAGUUCGUUGUUAAUUUACCGGUCCUGUCUGCAACUAAAUUUCCAGUUGGGUUACAAUCCCGAAUGGAAGAUGUGAUUCAAACUAUCAAAAAUAAAUCCACGGAAAUUUGUAAAAUAGGGAUAUGCGGAGAGGGAGGAUCUGGUAAAACCACUCUUGCCAAAGCCAUCUACCAUCAAAUUCAUGAUACAUUCAAGGAGAAAAGUUUCUUGGAAGAUAUUAGACAAGUUAGCGGAAUAAGAGAAGAUCUUCGUCUACAAGAACAACUUCUUUUAGAUGUCCUAAAAACAAAGGUGGAGAUACCUAGCGUUGAUAUAGGAAGAAAAAUGAUUCGAGAAAGACUUUUCGGGAAACGGAUGCUCAUUGUACUUGAUGACUUGCCUGACUUUUGUGAACUUUUAGACAUACUGAAAUGCAAUCAUUUGUUCAGUGGAGGAACUGUAAUAAUCAUUACAACAAGAGACGAACACAUACUGAGGCAACAUGGAAUUGAUUCUAUUUUUCAGAGCAAGCUAAUGUAUGAAAAUGAGUCCCUUGAGCUUCUUAGUUGGCACGCAUUUAGGGAAGCAAAACCGAAAAAACCACACUAUGAGCAUGCAAUAGAUAUAGUUCAUUAUUGUGGAGGACUACCUCUAGCUCUUGAAGUGAUUGGAAGUAGUUUAUUUGAAAGAACGGGAAAUGAAUGGUAUUCGAUCCUAUGCUACGAAGAUCCUAAAUGGUUGUGGAGUAUACGCUGA